UAAAUCAAACGCGAUCUGUUGUUUUGUGUUCUCAUUGUCGCAUUGUCACAUAGCAUAGCGUUAUUGGUUUCGGGCGUAUGCUCUUCAUAUGCAUAAAGUUAUAAGCUCAGGUCAUCGGUUUCAAUUUAUCAUUUCAGUGUCUAUUUUUAGAAAGAGGUUGCGUGCGCUUAUUAUAAAUGUCCUAAGCGCUAUGCUGCGCUAAAUUUAUUCAGUUGUACAAUAAGCUUUCGACGCGUAGCAUCAAAACUCUUUAAAUUGCAGUCGCCAUGAUUGACAGUGAAAAUCGAAUAAAUGAAUUGAAUACGUGCAUUCAGCAUCAUGUUGAUGAUGUAUCGACAUGGUUGAAAUCGUGUGAAUUACGAGUGUCCAGUAAUUGUGGGUGUGGUGUGUUUGCAACGAGAGAUAUUGAACCAAAUGAGUUGCUGUUCGGCGAUAAGCCGUUGAUUCUCGGUCCGACUGGCAAUAAAAUGGAUACAAUUGUUUGUGUAAUGUGUUACGAACGAAUCGGGCACGAUGUGACUUCACAUUUGUGCUCGAAUCGAUGUGGCCUUGUAUUGUGCGGUGAAAGUGCAUGUGCUGAACGUCACAAAAACGAAUGCGAAUUGUUGCAAAACUGGAAGCCGAAAAAUCCCAAUGAAUUGUCAUUCACGAGAUUAAAAGCGAUGCUAAUUAUUCGAUCGUUAAUUUUGAACGUAGAACACAAGAAAUUCCUUGGUUUGAUGCAGAAAAAUUAUACCAGUUGGACGAAUGAAAUCUAUUUUGAUAAGGAAUUUGACAAUUUUCCGCGGGACAAAGAAACGGUUGCGGUUAUUAGAGAUGCGUCAGCAGCUAUAAACGCCAACGCAUUUAUGAUUCUCUACCGAUCCGAUAAUUGCGGCGAUGUAAACGUUCGCAGCUUCUAUCCGAUCAUGAGUUUGAUUAAUCACAAUUGCGUCCCAAAUGCGCGCCACGAUAUAGACAGUGAAUUCGUAAACCGAAUUUUUGCCGCGCGUCCAAUUAAAAAAGGUGAACAGAUUUUCAUAUCGUACGCACAGAUUUUGUGGGGAACUCCGUCACGUCGAAUGUUCACAGCGAUAUCGAAACAGUUUCAGUGCACUUGCGAACGAUGCGCUGAUCCAACGGAAAAAUCAACAUAUUUAUCGGCCAUUCGAUGCGUCGACAAGAGCUGUAAUGGCAUGGUUUUACCCCUGGAACUAUCAUUUAAAACAGAGGGCAAAUGCAACGUGUGCGGAAAGAUUUGCGACAACAAACGUUUACUGCAAACACAAGAUAUGUCAGCCGCAAUUACGAAGAAUUUUUUAAAUCAAAAUUUUACAAUAUCGGAUCUAAAGCAUUUUAUGGAAGGACGAUUGUACAAACUGGUACCUGAAUGCAAUCAAUUCGUGGUGGAAGCAAAACUGAAAGCCAUCUGGAAGUGUGAUGGAAUGAGUUUUGAAGAUUUAAGCUCAAUUAAAGGAUUUUGUGAAGAUAUUCUCAGAAUAAUGGAUAAACUUGGACUGGGCGAAUGUUCAUUGAAGGGAUAUUUGGCACACAGACUGUUCAAAAUUCGACAACAGUUGAAAAUUUUUCCCGAAUCAUCAUCCAGCCAUGGUGACCAUGAUCAAGCUGUAUCGGAAAUUGACACAUUCUUAAACGAUGAUGAUCAACUUUGGAAAACGGCAAAAAUAAUUUUAGGUAAUUCUUCAGCGGCACCAACUGAUAUCAAUCGUGAAUAGUGAGCACUGUUCACUGAAACCAAUUAAAUUGGGAAAAUGUUUCUAAUCUUAAAUUAACACAACAAAACACAUUCAACAUAUUUUCAAUAACAAGAGAAAUCUAUUUUUUAUACAAAUGCAGAAUACAGAGCACUGCUCUGAGAACAGUGUUCGGAGAACGCACAAUAAAACAUCUCAUAACACAGGUUA